GAAUCAAGAUUUUGAAGAAGAAGAAGAAGAAGAAAGAAUAAUGGGUAGAGGUAGGGUUCAGCUGAAGCGGAUCGAGAACAAGAUAAGCAGGCAAGUGACCUUCUCCAAGAGGAGGUCGGGGUUGCUGAAGAAGGCAAAUGAGAUCUCUGUCUUGUGUGAUGCUGAAGUUGCUUUGAUAGUCUUUUCAACCAAAGGAAAGCUCUUCGAGUACUCCACUGAAUCAAGUAUGGAGAGGAUUUUGGAAAGAUAUGAAAGAUACUCAUACGCUGAGAAAAGACUCAGUGGUUCUGGCCCUGAACAACAGGAUAAUUGGUCUGUGGAGCACCCUAAGCUCAUGUCUAGGAUUGAACUUCUGCAGAGAAACAUAAAGCAUUAUGUUGGGGAGGAUCUGGAUUCCCUAAGCCUGAGGGAGCUUCAGACUUUGGAGCAACAGCUGGACACUGCUAUGAGGCGAAUACGAACCAGGAAGAAUCAAGUCAUGCACGAGUCCAUCGCUGAGCUUCGGAAGAAGGAGAAAACAUUGCAGGAGCAAAACAGCUUGUUGGCAAAGCAGAUCAAGGAAAACGACAAGAUAGUCAUGGAGCGCUUGCACUUGAUUCAACGCUCAUCUGCCCUCGUACUAUCCGAGCCUGCUCCAGGCUCGGUGCCCGUCCCAUCCUUAGCAGCUGGUAGUCCUUUCCAGGUAAGCGGACCCACAGGCGAGGAGGAUGGAAGAAGAGGCAAGAACACGCUCAUGCCGCCUUGGCUGGUUCGUCGUAUGAGUUGAUGAUACGGAGAGGAAAUGUAGUAAUUCGCUCUGAAUCCGGGGAGGUGACGGCACGAUGAUGGCAUCCGAGAGGAGCCAAAUUAUCAUCAACUAAAUAGUCAUCAGCUCUCAAAGAAUAAAAAUAAUAAAAUAAAUGGGGUCUAUUGUCAAGCAAACUCCAUUUAUCGAUUCCAAUUUAUACUUGUAACUUGAAUAUUAUUAUUUAUUAAGUGUGCUUAAAAAAGCUUUAUUGUGGACACAUAAGAAUGAGAUGUAAGAUUGAGAUGGCAGGCACAGCCUAUUAUUGUGAAUGCU